GUACAGCGUGUGUGGAUGACUGCUAUUCAGCUAGUGUGGAUGAGAGAGACACAAGGAGAUCGAGGGGGUACGAUGCAUGCACACACACAGUCAUUCACAAGGAAUUCUGCUACAUCAGGCAGCCUGGUCAAUGCGUGAUUUUUACACAAAGAAGAACGGGUGAAAGGUACCCACUGAUGAAAGACAUUACUCAACAUUUGAGGGAAAUCCCCAGGGUGCCUGUUUGCGUGCACUACUGCCAGAGAUCUGUUGGGGGACCCGCGACGGCAAGAUGGGCUGUAACUUGUGCACGCUGCAGAAGAGAGAGGAGCACUACAAGCUGCUUUACGAGAUUGCCCAGGUGAAUGGACGUGAAUUUUCAAAGUCUGGACAUGAGGGAACGGUGGAGGCCAUGCGAAAGGAACCAAUUGUGGUGCAGGUGCUGAGGCGGGGAUCCUCCGGCCGGAACCAGAACAGCCUACAGGAAGUGUGUGUGGUGGACGUGUGUACUCAGACGGACAUCACCUUUGAGCACAUUAUGGCUCUGGCAAAGAUGAGACCCACUACCCCGCCUGUGCCAGACAUUUGCCCAUUCCUGCUGUCGGACAGUUGUCAUUCCAUUCAGACUAUGGAGCAUGAAUAUUAUGAUUGUCCAGAAUAUGUGGCCAGCAAUCAGGCAGAAGUGGACAGGGCAGUUGAAUUCGAGUGUGAGGAGGUUGAACUCUGUCGAAUGAACAGCCAGGAAAAACUGGGCCUGACUCUUUGUUAUCGUACUGAUGAUGAAGAAGAUACAGCUAUUUUUGUUGGUCAGGUUGAACUCAACAGCAUAGCUGCAAGGGAUGGACGCAUCAGAGAGGGAGACAGAAUUUUACAGAUAAAUGGUCAUGACGUACAGAACAGGGAAGAGGCUGUUGCUCUCCUUUCAAAUGAAAAUUCCAGAUCCAUAGUGUUACUUGUCACCAGACCUGAAGGACAGAUGGAUGGAAGCUGGCUUGAUGAGGACCAUCAUGAUUUUCUAGAGGAGCUGAAGAUGGAGAUUUUAGAAGAACAGAAAAAGGACGCAAAGUGGUCAAAAAGACAUGAGGAAGCCUCCGCAAGUACAGAUACAGCGACAUGUUCCUCUUCCAUUCUGGAGAAGGACAGUGGUGUGAAAUGCAGCUUUGAGGAGAGUUCUGAAUAUGAAUUUCUCUCUCAUCCCCAAACACAGACUCAAAAACAACUUCGAGACAGGUGGGAAGCGGGCUCACAUAUGGUUCCUAUGGACACCGUUAGCUUAGCCAGGCAGGAGAAGGGUCAGGAGGGCAGGCUGAGCGAGAAUGGGGUGGAAUGUGACCAUUUCCAGCAACUCUUGGAGCUAAAGUGCCAGAUCAGUAAUGGUGGAGAAUGCGGGUUGGUCUACAGGCGAAGUAGUACCAUCGAGUGCAGCCUGACAGAACAGAGUGGAGUAACAAGGGAGCUGCACAUGCUCAACGAAGAGCUGCGCAGCAUUGAACUUGAGUGCCAGAGCAUCAUGCAAGCCCACCAGUUGCGCCGAAGCAAGCAUGACUCGCCCCGAACGGAUAAGGAAAGUCGACUGCGCCGUGGCAAGCUUGCAGACAUUAACGAGUAUCCCGAGAGACUCCAAAGUGAGAAGCUCAGAGAUAAAGACAGCUCUAGUGCCUACAAUACAGCCGAAAGUUCCCGCUCAACUCCACUGGGAACAGAAGGAUCACCCGACCACUCGCUACAGCGUCGAGUCCACCUGACCAAUCAGAGGAACUUGCGGAGUACCCAACACCUGCAGAGUCCCUACAACAGUCCCAUCUUGUCUUUACCCAGCCAAAGUAGCCCGUCUUACAGUCGUGGCCAUACAUACACCAGCUCCACACCACCCUUACAGACCCCCAUCACCAGUCCCGGUUCACAAGGACCCAGCCAGGCCUUCUCCAGCAGCUUGGAACAAAGCCCCAGUAACCCCUCGGAGUCAGACCCAGCGCUUCCUGCUGAUGACGAGCGCUGCGAGAAAGAAAGAAACCGUAAUAGGGUUGCAAGCGCUAGGCACUACCAUUCGCCCUAUCACAGCAACCCCACAACAACCCAGCCUCCCAGCACACGCCAUUACCAGAGUUACCUACAGCUCCUACAACAACAUUCCUCUUCCUCUCUGGAAUACUCCCAGAGCCAGCUUAGCCUCCUCAGCCUCCGUGGACGGCCUGGACCCUCACAACCUGGCCGGAUCGAAUGGAAGGUUAAAGUGCGAGCAGACGGAACCAGGUAUGUGGCACGUCGGCCCACGCGAGACCGUAUCCUGCGCGAACGAGCCUUACGGAUCCGGGAGGAGCGGAGCGGUGGGAUGACUACUGAUGACGACGCAGUGAGCGAGCUUAAGAUGGGGCGGUACUGGAGUAAGGAAGAACGCAAGCAGCAGUUAGCACGCGCGAGAGAACAGCGACGCAGGAGGGAAUUCAUGCAGAGGAGCCGGCUUGAGUGCCUCAGGGAGACCAUGGGGACGGCAAGUGGGGAGGUCAGCAUCCUGGAGCUCAGCCAUAAGAAGAUGCUGAAGAAACGAAACAAGAAGAUCCUUGACAAUUGGAUGACCAUUCAAGAGCUCAUGAGCCAUGGAGCACGAGCACCCGAGGGCACCAAAGUUCACAACGCCUUCCUUUCAGUCACCACAGUUUAGUGAAGAGACCCUAUGUACUUGCCUCAUUCCAAGUAGCCAUUUUAUAAAGGUGAAAAUGCUGAUAUUUUUCAUGUUUUGUGAAAACUCAUUUCAACUGAACUCAAGACUUCAAGAAAUGUGAAUGUUCAAAACUCUUUUGAUACACUGACAUGUUGACACUACCGUUACAGACCUCGCUGUGUUUUCAUACUAGAAUGUAUAAAAUGGUUUUAAUAGGAUUUUACACACUACAUUGUCAUUUAAUGUAGUGUUUUCAUGCAUUUGUAUUUUAUAAAUGGCAAGUUUUCAUGCGAUAUAAAAUACAGUACUUGAAUUUCGGCUUUUGCUGCCAUUACAUCUUUUAAAUCUGAAAUGUAAAUAUCUAUAACUGUUCUGAACAAGAUCUUCGUGAGUAAAGGUCUUCUUUGCCGCUUAAUGGGUUUACAAGAGUUGUUUGACAUACCACACGAUGUUACCAUUUUAAUGGUACUGUAUACAAUACGUACAAUUUUUGUACUGCUCUGUAUGAACAUUAUUUAUAUUUUUGAGUCUAAUAUGUUAUUUUAUUCCAUCUUAUAAUGCCAAAUGACCCAGUCUGUAUCUCAGUCAAGCGCUAAACAUGGAGUUUCUACCACUCUCAUUGUGCCUUGUAUGGAGGCUCAUUUUUCUACCAGUUUGUGAAGAGACAACCUGAGUAAUCUUGCUGUCAUGUUUUUAGUCUUUUUUUGAUGUGUAAGACAUCUUUGUAGCCAGGUCUACGUGUUCUAGGUGUGCUACAUGGGGUGAAAAACGAUAAUAAAUUAUUGUUAUAUAAGUUAAA